AAAAAAGGCUCGAGUGCUGGUGAACCUAAAACGAGGUAUGAAAACUCCUUUCUCCUCACUUUGAAAGCACAAGAUUACAAAGCUCCAGUGUUCCACUUAUUCUACACUCUCCUUCUAGAGGCAAAAGCCGAGCAGCAGUAGCGAAGAUUGAGUCGGAUCGGAAGAGAAAGAAUUCUUCGAUCUCAUCGGCAGAUCGAAAGCCAUCAACAACAACGAGAGAUAAAGAAAGAGAUAAGAGUCACAAGAAAAAACCUAAAAUGUCGUCGGCCAAUCAGGUUAGGGCGUCUCACAUCCUGAUCAAACAUCAAGGCUCUCGAAGAAAGGCCUCAUGGAAGGAUCCGGAAGGUCGGGUCAUCAACAACACCACCAAAGACAGUGCCAUCUCUCAACUCAAAACCAUCCGAGAAGACAUCGUCUCCGGCAAGAUUAAGUUUGACGAAGUCGCCUCUCGUGUCUCUGAUUGCAGCUCCGCCAAACGCGGUGGCGAUCUCGGUCCUUUUGGACGAGGUCAGAUGCAGAAGCCUUUUGAGGAAGCUACAUAUGCUCUUAAGGUUGGUGAGAUAAGUGACAUCGUGGAAACUGAUAGCGGGGUUCACAUUAUCAUGAGAACUGGUUGAUUAUUUCAGUGUGUUGAGCAAAGUAUCGAAGAAUGUUGUUUGAUUUUGCUUGCUUCUUUCUGGUUCAAUGAGACCGUCUUGUGAUAAUAUCUACACUUUGUAAGUGGUAUUUAAAUCAAUCAUAUUGUUUUCUGAAGUCAUUUUAGUUUAUAGACUUUUCUAAUUAUGAUUUUGAAUACUUUGAGUGACUGUAAUAAUCACAUCUUGUUUGGCGAUUUGUGCUUACUAGUUAUUAUGUGGUAUGACAGUGUUUUGGCA